AUGGCUUAUCAGACGAACCAAUACCAUUCGAUGCAGGCACAAGCACUUGGACACUCUCAAGGGCCCUCUGUAGCUCCAAGAUUCCCGAUCAUCGCCCAGUACCAACAGCAACCGCAGCCUUAUCCUCAGGCCCAGCAACAAACUCACUUUCCAUGGAGUCAGAUGUCUGGCCUCCCGCAGCGCUCUCCACAGCCACCGCGAAGAAGACCAUCACUUGCACGAAGACUCUUUGGUCUGUUCAACAACCCAGUCGGUAGGGCGUCAACCAUUGCCGGCUCCGACUCGGACUCAACUCGAGCACCAUCCAUAAGGAGCAGCCGCCAUACGCGAACUUCGGCAACAUCCAUUGCCACACCACCGUCUCCUGUAGCGCGACCCAAUGGGGAUGCAACGCACGGAUCAGACGCAACGAGACCAGUUGAGGUGUCUCCCACGGUGGCCACUGUCCAUAGUGAUGACUACAUCGCUCCUGCAACUAUGCGGGAUGAGUCCCCUGAACGCCACCAGCCAAAUUCAGCUUCGUCAGUCCCAAUCAACUUGAGCAGCAAAGUUCAAGAUGAAGCGCGAGGGGAGGCCACUGUUAUCGAGUCUCCGGCCAAAGAACAAGACAAGGCUGAGCCUGACAAUGCAAAGGCCUAUCCGACUUGGAAACCGAUCUGCGAGGACGCCGAGGCCGCUGAAACCCACCAUCCUCGACCUAUCGCCAAGCCCCUUAAAAGUGCCCUGAAGAACGUAAGGAAAGCCGCUGCAGGCGCUAGACCAAGCAACAUGAAGAACGACCAGAAGCUCUUAUCCAAAGAGGAUCCAAGUGCUCAAACGGACUUCGCGUCUAGUCGUAUAGUCACUUCGUCAGAGGACGCAGAAGCCAGCUCGAGAAAGUGCAAAGAAGAGGAACAUCAGGGAAACUCUGUCGACAAACGCAAUUCCAAGAAGGACGCAGCCCGCGAGGCCAGACGUGAUUAUCCAGACGUCUUGGGUAUGCCCAAGAAUGCUGUUGAGACGACAAAGAAGCCAGUAUCGGCUCCUUCAAGCAGCCAAGUCAGAACAGCAGAGAAUAAGCAACACCAGAGCUUGAGUCCCAACCAACACUUGCGGGGAUCCUCGAGCAGAACUGAAGAACUUCGAUUCGAUGUGUCCGGCUCUGGUGUCACGGAGACCAGCGACUCGCUGAACGACUACUCGCCGCCCCCGUCUCCUCCGAGACCGAUCCACCAGGGCGGCGGUAAGUAUGCUCCUGACCAGCUGCGAAGGAAGCAAGCAAGAAGAGCGUACUAG